AUGAGACUUCCGGCUGCGCUCAACGAUGGAAUGGCGGAAAUCUAUUUGAAUUACGCGGCGUAUAGAGUAUCAAGUGAAGGAAAGAUCUAUUGCUUUUAUGCUGUCUGUACUCCACGGCAAAUGCAGUCAGAGAGGACUGGGCGAUUGAAAAUUUGCCAUCUACUUGUCUUUGUAAGCUUUGAAGAGCGCUGCAUCAACUUCCAGUUGAUUCUCGCAAAUAUUGCUGAGCUAGCAUAUGCCAAUGCCCCGACUUUCGAACUCUGUAAAGCUCUAGAACAUCAUGAAAGAGAUCUGAUAGACAAGAUAUGCAGACCACUGACAAGAAGAAAGCCGAGAAUAGAACUUGAUGGAGAAUGGACCACGCAUUCAUCAAAUUCUGGAUCAAAUAAUAAGAAACGAAUUGCGAGGAAACUAUUCACGGAUUAUAGCUGGACUGCGGCCAUGACUGCCUCCUCAACAAUACGGUUAUUAGUUGUCAUUGUGACCGUGAUUCGCAGUACGGUUCAUGACACCAAGGCUAUAUAA